UGCCGCGAGCGCCACUGAGCACAGCUCGCGCCGUGCCGAGAGGGAGCUGGAAAUGGGCUUCGAGAGGGAGAAAUCGGAGACGCGGGUCAUCAUGGGCGAAGAUGAGUUCAACAGAUCUAUCGACCCCAUUCUCGUCAAGAAGGGGAACGUCUACACCCCGGCUCCGGACAGAGAUCCGCAUGAUAUAAACGAGCACUUAAAGGUUGGUUUUGAGGAUGUCAUCGGAGAGCCGAGCACCACGCACAGUUUUGACAGAGUGUGGAUCGGAAGUCACGCCGUGUUCGAGCUGGUUAAGUUCGUCUUCUACCGGCUGCUGACCACGCUGCUCGCGAUCCCGCUGUCGUUCGUAGCCGGAAUUCUCUUCGCGGUCCUCAGCUGCAUACAUAUUUGGGUUGUGAUGCCGGCAGUGCAAAGCUGCAUGAUGGCCCUGCCCUCAGUCCAAACCAUCUGGAGGAGUCUGACGGACACCUUCAUCGCCCCGCUCUUCCUCAGCAUGGGCAGGUGUCUGUCCGCCAUCAGCGUCAAAACCACGCACACCUGAGUCUCCCGCCACAAGGCACACAGACGACCAGAGACAGGAAGUUUGUGACCAGAUCAUUUCCUCUCGUUCCAGCGGUUUCAGACAGGAAAGAUUCCAUGCGGUUAGCCACACCUAUUUAUAGCAACAUUAUUUUGUAGCAGCUAGAGUCUGAGGUGCAAUUUUUGUGCAAUGCAAUACUGAACAGCUUUUAAUCUGUAUAAAUAUAUAUUUUUGUAUCUACGUGUGGUGGAGAAAUGGGUUGUUGUGAUUAUUUGAUAUGAAGUGCUUUCUUAGUAGAAUGUAUAUAUGAGAGCUGAAUGCUUCCAUGCCUCUCACUCUCCACGGGGCCAGUGUAGGAGGUCCAAACCUUUCGCUGCUGUUGUGUUGAACCUGCAGUGCUUUAAAAAAUACUAUGGCAUUGACUGUAUUGACUGUAUGUAGACAAAACUUAACAUACAGAGUUUUAAACAUGGUGUACAGCAGAGUUGUGUGCCAGCUCUGAGGUGAGUGACUGAAAUGUAAUUUAAUAAACACAAGUUUCAUUUAGGAAAGAUUUGGGGUUUUGGUAUAUCUGAAUAUUUG